AAAGAAGCCUACAGACUGGAUUUGAAGAAGAAUGUCUAUGGCCAUAACAAAAAGACUCUUGGCAAAUGUCAUUCUUCUCUUGUGCUUAGCAAUGGCUUCUUUUGAGGCCAAGGGUAUGCGCGGUGCCAUUAUUAGACCUGGUCCUCGCGCUGGUCGUAGAAGAGAUCCCAGUGAAAAAAUCUAUAACGUUGUACAUUUUGGUGCAAAAACUGAUCCACGAAAGGAUAAUGCAUUGGCUUUCAUUCAGGCAUGGAAUGCCGCAUGCAACUGGAGAGGAAAGGCAAGGCUACUUGUCCCGAGGGGGAUUUUCGUAGCCUCUUCAAUGGUAUUUGGGGGACCGUGCAAAAAUACAGCUCCCACUGUUUUUCAACUUGUGGGAACUCUCAAGGCAGUAUCGGAUUUGAGCAGCUACGCAGAAGAUUUUUGGAUGAUAUUCCAAAAUGUAAAUGGCUUGGUAGUUACUGGAACUGGCACCGUUGAUGGCCAAGGCCCUAAUGUAUGGAAAUAUAACAAUCAUGAAGGCAGUGUUUUUCCAACAUCUAUUAAGUUCUAUCGCGUGGCAAAUGGGAUUAUAAGACGAAUCAAUUCUGUUAACCCCAUGGGAUUCCACAUUGGGAUUGUUCUUAGUCAGAAUAUUAGAGCCAGAAAUCUCCAUUUAAUAGCUCCUGAAGAUAGCCCCAACACUGAUGGUAUCCAUAUCAGCCAAUCCAAUCAAGUUAAAGUAGCUAGAAGUGUCAUUGCUACUGGAGAUGAUUGCGUCGGAAUGAUUCAUGGAAGCACCGAUAUUAGCAUCAAGAAAAUGACCUGUGGCCCCGGACAUGGCAUCAGUAUUGGAAGUCUUGGGAAGUACCCAGAUGAGAAGGAUGUAAAAAGCAUCCUUGUGAGAAACUGUACAUUAAGGAACACUGAGAAUGGAAUCAGAAUCAAAACAUGGGCAGGAUCACCUCCAAGCCAAGCUACAGCCUUGACUUUCCAGGAUAUCAUUAUGCACGACGUUAAAAACCCCAUUAUUAUUGAUCAAUCCUACGGAUCUAAGUCAAAAGCGCCAUCAAAGGUACAGAUCAGCGACGUUAAAUACAUGAACAUUAGGGGAACCACAACCUCAAAAGUUGGAGUUGAUAUUGAGUGCAGCAAGCAGUUCCCCUGUCAAAGAGUUCAUUUGGCUAACAUCAAUUUGAAAUACACUGGUGCUAAAAAACACACUUUCUCUGCUACAUGCCAAAAUGCAAGAGUAAGCUAUGCAGGCAUGCAAUUCCCACCACCGUGCCGAUGAGGGCUUAAAUUUGCAAUAACAGCCUUUCCUGCUUAAGCAUCAUUUGUAUCAAUUGGUACAGUUAAGGAACAAGGCAAUGGAGCUUUGGAUCUAAUAGAAAUUAAUAUUACAUACACUUUAUUAGCAUCAUUGCAAAACUAUUUGUCUAAUACAUAUGAUGCGCACCAUCGGUUGGAAAGGGCUAGUAAGAAAGCUUUAUAUUUUCACCACAUUGGCUUGACUGCACAAGUCAACUUCAAAUGCAAGAGGCAAUUGCAAAAGUCUCAGUUUACAACAAUUUUUAAAUGCCUAAUUCUUGUCAGUUUCUCAAAAUUAAAGACUAACUG